GACUAGAUUAAAAAGUUGGUGGAAGGAAUAACUGACCGUUUGGACGUCACCUGGCUGCCAGACUUUCAUCUGGACUCUUCCCCCUGAGUAGCUGGCCUUUCUCUAAGCCACAAAACUGAGCAAGAAGCUGAAGAAGCAGCUAGACAGAGACAUGUACCUAGCCUUGAGAAUUGGGAGGCGUGGCUCAACUAGUUAGCCCAGCCCAGAGGAAUUGUUACCGUGGGUACUGAACAACCGUAGAAGUACAGCUACCCCUGGCUUUACUGAAUUAACUAGCUGUGUCUGCUGUCUAGUUGGACCAGAUUUAGCUAGAUAAUGGGGUAGAGAAUAGUUGAGCGGUGCUGUGUGUAGCUUGAACUGUACUGGCUGGCAAGAAUCUAGUAAGCACCCUAUGCACUGAUAACUGUCAGAAUGGAGGGUAUGUUCUAGGGAUCUGGACAGCUGUACAUCCAAAGGAGCCAGGGAGUGCCAAUCAUCUUCUCCCAGUCUCUGACACGCUAAACAAAAGGAGCUAGAACUGGGAGUCCCAGCUAGAAUUGCUAGCCGGAUCUAGACUAAUAGAAUGACAUGGAGGCGUGGUGAGGCCGGAUCCACACUAAUUGAUCGACCUAAAGACGAAUGGUAAGGAAAGGGAUAAAGACAACUAUCAAAACCAGGGAUUACAAUAGUUUUCUAUCUCUAGCUCUACGGUAAUGUCAGCAUACACUGAAAGUGAAAAUGAUGUAGGAAUUCACACUCUAGACAAAGAUGUUGAAGUUAGAUCUAAUGAUCUGCAUACAGAAAACCCAUUGGCUCUGUUGGAUAUACCAGAUAGUAGCAAAGAUGCUACUGGAUCAGUACAACAAACUGACUUUGAUGAAAAGCUUCCAGACUUUCAACCAGAGUUAAUAGAGUCCAACAAUGUGAUUGAAGAAGCGGAAGGAAGUGUAAAGACAAAGAAAGUACGACAAAGGUUAUGGACUGUUAUGCUGUCCGUUGUGGUAGCAUGUAUACCGUUUCUACUGGCCGGCUGUACCCUCGGCUUCCCAUCUGGUGCUCUAUUGGAUCUCACUGAUCUAGAGGAGAGGACGGAUUUUAAGCUAACCAGGCAGCAAGCUGAUUUGUUUGGGGCAUUGGGCUCCAUUGGUGCCAUGAUUGGAGGACCCAUAGCUGGAUGGAUAUCGGACAGAAUGGGACGAAAGCCAGCCUUGAUGUUGGUCAGUAUUCCCUACCUCAUUGGCUACUUGAUGAUCACCUAUGCUCGAUUCGCCAGUAAUUCAGUACUGUUCAAAGUAGUACUCCUUAUUGGACGGUUUCUCAGUGGAGUGGGGAUUGGAUGGGCCUCACUAGCAGCUACAGUGUAUGUUCUCGAGAUAUCGCCGGCCAAACUGAGAGGAAGGAUGGGAUCAGCACUACAAGUGUUCCUGGCACUAGGAGUUGUCAUUGUGUACGGUCUAAGUGCAAUCGAUAACUUUGCUUACUACGACUCAUCGCUAGUACUGAUAGGAUUCGUGACACUCUUCACAAUAUCUAUGCCGUUUUUCAUCGAGACACCAAGAUGGCUAAUCGCCCAUGGACAAAAGAAACAAGCUAUUGCUGCUCUCAAAUUUUUACGUGGACCAAAAUAUGAUUUUAUGAGUGAACUUGACACAAUAACAGCGAAUAUUAAGUCAACUCCACGUUUGAAACCUAAGCAGUUACUUAAAGAGUUUGGUAAAGGCAAUGUGAUUGUUCCAAUGAUCCUAGUACUUUUUUUGGUUGUUUUUUUUCAAUGCGGAGGCCUUAAUUCCAUCACAACAUAUUCAGCAUUGAUUUUCAAAAAUGCUGGCGUUCCCAUGUUCAGACAAGCAGCACUGUACGGAACUGGAUGUACACGACUACUAGUGAAUAUCAUUGCUUUAUUUCUCACUGAUCUUUUUGGUAGGAAGAUUCUAUUGAUGGUUAGUAGUGUUGGAGCGAUGCUAGGCACAACAAUGUUGGGUGUGCAUUUCUACAUAACAAAUCCUUCCUUUUGCUCAAACACUACGUCUGUUAUUGACCCAGUGUCGAUGGCCAUGGGUGAAGAUGAAGUAUUGUGCAACCCUCAAUUUGCUCCACUAGCCAUUACUGCUGUUAUUAUCUUCAACAUUGGAUUUUCUAUUGGUUGGGGACCGGUAAUCUGGUUGCUUCUUGUAGAACUGUUGCCACUACAGAUUAGAGGUAUUGGAUCUGGUAUAGCUUCCCUUUUGCUCUGGGGUCUAGCAUCAGCGGUGAUCGGUUCGUACCUAACUUUUGUGGAUGCUGUUCAGCCCUGGUUCGUAUGGUGGACGUACUCUGCAAUUAGCUUAGUGUCAUUCUUUUUUGUUGCUUUUUUCAUAUUUGAAACCAAAGGCAAGAGUUUGGAAGAGAUUCAGAAACGGUUUGAAGAAAAGUAUGGCCAGUUUAAACUGUGUAAUCGCAAUUCUCAAAACCAAAGGCAAAAGUUGGGAGAAAAGUAUGGCCGUUAUAAUUUUAAUCGCGAUUCUCAAAUUCUCUAUAACUAAUAUUUUGUCUUAUAGCCACACUUAUUCCCUUCUUUCACUGGGCCUAUAAUUAUUAUGUUAGUUUACCUUUUG